AUGAGAACACUUGUUUACGAGGAUAUGGUAUGGCGGCACAAACUGCGCAACCGCACAAUUUUAACAGGGGGUUUGAUGCGGCCCACACUCUACCACGGCCCCCUCCCCCGAAUGAAGCCCCAGCCAAUUCACGUAACAGGGAUGAUUGUCAGCCGCAAGAAGGCCCGCGAAAAACGGAUGGAGAGACAACGCAAGCUCUUGGAAAACAUCAAUGCCCUUCAAAUAGAAAGAGACUUCGAAGCAGGGUUGAUAGCGGAAUCGCCUAACCCGGCCGGGUUCGAGCCAGUAUUCAGCGGAAAGGCUCAUAGAGAAUGGGUAUCGCCUAUCGAAGACCGGCUCGCCGAAAUCCAAGAAUCAUACGCCCUCGAACAAGAACGCUCCCAAAGGCCAUUUCCCCAGGAAAUGCUUGAUCAGAUCGUCCGCGCGCGCACCGAAAGAAUAGCCAACAAAACACGAGAACGGCAACGCGAGCGGCGAGGCGAGGUCUUGAAACGCACCAUUGAGCGGAAGAAUCAAGGGCCCCCGGCGCAUGUCCUAGCGAAGAUGACGCGGGCAGAAAGAAGGCUUGAUUGGAUUUCGCGUGGGGUCAGUGAGGUGGGAUACGUUGGGCAGGUGAAGAGGAAGUUGGGGUUCAAACUUAGGGAGCCGGAUGCUUUGAAGAGGGAGGAGGGGAGGGAGAGUGAGAGGGGGAGGAUGGAUGAAGUAUCGAAGGAGAUAUCGGAAGAAAAUGAGAGGCGGAGGAGAGAAGUAGAAGGUUGA